ACAUUCUGUUUACGAAAGACCUGCUUAGAUUAUAGAUCGCCUCUUAUCUAAUAUUAUAUGUAAAAUUGAUUAGUGGAUAUUUAACAGGGAUUAAAAAACAUAUUAGGCCUAUAUAUUUUACUACGGAAACAUACCGUCGAUCCUCUUGAAGAAAUUAUGACAGGGUGUUGUUAGGCCUAUCCAUCAAUUUGGUUUUAAUAUUAGUUACUUCAAUUUUCUGAUAUGCUUUGCAUCAUUUUCGUGCACAUAGCUUAUUUUAUAAAUUUCGUUUAUCUUCUCAUUAUAUUUUGCUCGUGCAGUAUUGUCUCGAAAUUGAACUAAGACGACGCGGUUGCGCGUCACAGCCAUAAAAACCCGUCAUGAAAUGUCAUAGUUGCGUAAUGAAUAACGGUAGAGAAGCUCCAUCGACCCAGGCCCAUUCAAUCGUUGAUGCCGCUUUAUCAGUGCUAAGGAGUAAUCAUUUACUCUGACUAGCUCUGACGUAGGGAGCCGACAUAUAUUUUCUAACUACGCAAGCUAUGAUCGGUUCACGAAACAAGAGAUGGGAAGCAGCGAUCUAUUACGUAGACGGUUUAUUAUUAGAAUUCCAACGACGUAGGAGACAUGCGCAGUGAAGAUCAUUUAUAUUUAUACCAAGCAAAUGGUUGUGGACUGUUUGCGUCAUAGCGGAACAGAAGCCCUGCAGGCGAUAUAGUCAAUGGUAAAAUCGUACGGCGAUUAUGUACAUGCGCGCUAAUCUUCCAAUACAAUUGUUUCUCUUAAACUUCUCAUUGAGACAGUGCGCCUUGCCUUUGCCGGUUCGCAACUAGUGUUCUCUUCUCAAACAAUUAAAUCGUUGUCGGCUCUUGGAUUUUAAUAUUCUUGUUGAUAUAUUUUCAUGUUUGGUUCCACCAGUCAUCAGUUGAUUAGGCCUACCAGAACGCCGGAAACUCCAACAGAAACAGUUACCCAGGCGUCUUCGAUCAUGCUGGUGGGAAUGCAAUCUGCCUACCCUUCCGGAUUUCUUAGUCAAGCACAGUUCGGUAGCGAUAACAUGCAAGAUGACACUAUUUCAAGGCAGGGUAUUUCAUGUACGUGCAUAUAUGGUACACCGUCAGCCAACUGCUGUCCAAGCUCAAACUUUACCUCGGUGACGUCACAACAGCAAAUGCAAACGUCACAAUACUACGGUUCAAUCGAUGUGUUCGCUGACCGAAUGCUACCGAGUUUUGCCGAUACUUACGGCCAACAGUUCGCGGCCAACUUCGAUUCGGAAGCUAGCAAUCAACAGCAAUACCAGGGAUCGUCAGAUGAUUCGCUUACUAUGAAUUCUUCAGUAUCUGGACCUAUUUGUAUAGACGCGUAUCCUCAAUCAACUUUCUUGGACGCAGACCAACCCGUAUCUGUUUCGUACACUGUGACGUCACCACAGCAACAGACAUUGUCAAAUACUAUGAAACAUUUAACUCAAACACCGCCACCCACCCCGUCUUUUCAUAGUACAAAUAUUAAUCACAAAUUUCCUUUUGGAGGACAGCCAAAAAGUCCACAAAAUACGUACACAGAGAUGAACUCUCCAGUGCACUUUACUCAUGAUCCGUUGACGCCUCCGCCAUCAUUCGUAUCAAUGGAAUCAGUACCGUUUCAACAUGAUAGCAACGAAAUUGAAACAUCAACUUCAAUGAAUAUUGCAUGGGCUAACGUUGGUAUGGACUAUCCUCCACACGCUUCAUUCCAAGACAUUCCGUCGACAACAUCAGCGCCAUGCACGUUCUCUAAGCAACAUUUUCCAUGUCCCUCUACGUUACCAUCUCCAAUGCCAACAAGGAAUAGUCAUGAUCGGACCUCCUCGGCACUGGCUUCGUCGAAACUGAGUCCAAUCUCGACAUCUUCUAUCGGUGGCAGCAGUAAUGGGGCUACGUCACCUCAGCGGCCACCACAGGACGGUACAUGCGCAGUAUGUGGGGAUAGUGCAGCUUGUCAACAUUAUGGUGUAAGAACCUGCGAAGGAUGUAAAGGCUUCUUUAAGCGUACGGUGCAAAAAAAUUCUAAAUACGUGUGUCUUGGGACAAAAAGUUGUCCAGUGGACAAGCGGAGACGAAAUCGCUGCCAGUACUGCCGAUUUCAAAAAUGUUUAGCGGUUGGCAUGGUCAAGGAAGUUGUAAGGACCAAUGACCUGAAAGGAAGACGAGGUCGACUACCAACCAAACCUCGUAGUCCGGAUGUAGCACCACCCUCUCCACCAAUCAGUCUCAUAACAGCCUUAGUGAGGGCCCACGUGGAUGCUUCUCCAGCUAAAGCGGACUUCAAUUAUGAUCAGUUUGCUUUGCCCGAAACGUCGUGUUCUGUACCGGUUUACGCCGAACAAGUUAAGCAAUUUUACAAUCAUCUGUGUUCCUCCCUUGACGUCAUAAAAUCUUGGGCACGCAAGAUACCAGGGUUCACCGACCUUUGCCCUGAAGACCAGGAAUUGCUGCUCAAAUCUGCAAGCUUCGAACUUUUCAUACUUAAAAUUGCACAAAGAAUGAACCCUGAUGACGACUUCCUUGUGUUUUGCCACGGAAAUGUGCUGCACAAGAAGCAAUGUCAACAAGCGUUCGGCCCAUGGUUAGAUGACAUUCGACAGUUCUCUAGGACUCUCCACAGCCUCGAGAUCGACAUUUCAUCCUUCUCAUGUCUCUGUGCUCUUGUGUUAGUAACAGAUCGUCAUGGACUCAAAAUUCCCGCAAAGGUCGAUGCCUUGCAGAACAAAAUCAUCAAAUGUUUAAAUGAUCACGUUACCUUCAACCACAGUGGCCAAUCAGCGUUUUUAUCACGAAUGUUGCUACAACUACCAGAGUUACGCGUGCUACACGAAGCAGGCGUAGAACAACUAGUGCGACUCAACGCCGAUCCGAGCAUCGAGCUGCCUGCCGAACUUGCCCAUUUGCUACCCGUACCUUCAAAGCAGUCUAUCGAAGAACAUGAUGGUUGGUCGCAGUUUAAUCUCUAAUGUAGAUAUUAAAAGUUAUUACCAUUGACGCACCGACGGAAAUAAAAUGCUACUGAUAAGUUCGGCUUGUAGUGUAGGAUUAUAUAUAUAUUAUAUAUAUCUCAUUCAUGUAUUUAAUGUUUAACUACCAAGCCUGUUUUAGAAUUGUUAAUAUCUUUUGUAUAAGCUUCUAUGUUUUUGUAACUUGAGAGAUACCACCCUCAGCCCGACUACCUGUCGGUGUACAGUAUACGGAUUCUAUAUGUUAGCACAUUUGUCUUAUUUUUUCAAUUUAUCGUCAAAUCACUAAGCCUGAGUGAAUACAUUCUACUUGUUAAGUACGCUGUAAUUAAAAUCUAAAUGAUUCGUCUACAAAGUAGAAACAUGGUAUUCACCAUUACAAAAGUAAUCUUGCGUAAUGUAAUUUAUUUUGUAAAAAUAUAGUAAAAAUAUUACCUAUUGGAUACCAAGUAUCCACAGAAUCACCUGUACAUAUUAUUGUGUUGAGAAUUCUCUUAAUCAUAUGAUGUAUAUUAGGCCUAUGUAGAUUUUAAGUGGUCGUUGUGUAAACUCCUAUUUUAUUCGAGUAUGAGAAAUGUUAUUUCGCCGUUGGUGGCGCCGUUGUUGCGAGGUGGUGUUGUCUCAAGUCGUUCAGGUUUUUAACCGGAUCAAGAGUUAACUUGCAGGUGUGGUUUGUGAUAAUGUGUUUUAUAUCGACUAUUGUUCUUUUGCAUGAAAAUGUUUUUGGGGUUAAUGUUUGAUUUAGUAUAUUAAUUUACUACGGGUUCGGCUUGAUGGGGCUGGAAAAAGUCAACUUCCCGAACGCUCAGUUUGUGAUGUUAUCAAUGCCAUUAAUCCAAAUAGUAUAUAUUUGAUUAUAAUUUUUUGUGAAGUGUAAGAUGACCCUAAAAUGCUAUAUCGUCACGAUGACGUCACAUGACGUCUUAUCCCGGUUAGUUUCUUCGGCUUGGGUUUGAUUAUAUUGCAGUUGGAUUAUCAGUCUUCUCAUAAUUUCAUUUUUAAUCGGUAUGAAAUUAGGUCACAGGAAGCUUGAUGAAACUAUGCAUAUACAGAUUGCGGUACAUCGGAGUCAUUGUUUAUUAAUCCGUUUCUGCUUUUCACCCGCGUGCUUUAGUUAGGCCAAUAAAUAAGCCAAUAAGGAACUUGUGAAACAAGUACGAAACAUGUGUGGAUGUUAGCCAUUUUGUUUUUAUAACUAUAUAUUAUGUGUGGUUGAAAUCCAAAUGAAAUCGUUGCACCAAUUUGUUACUGUAGUAGUUGAUUAACAGUCAAAUGCCUCUGUUUCGCGUCGACUACAUCGUACCAAAACGCAUCCGGACGCGCGGCAAUUUGGAGAUCGUUUAGGAACUAUUCAACAACUGCACCAUGUCACGUUCUCAGCGAGUGCACUAUUAUUGCUAUGGAUUUCUAGCGUAUCUAGAUCACUGUGUUAUAUUCAACUCUUUAUCUAUUUCUACUGUGUGUAUUUUGCAUAAUUUAUAAUGCCAAUUUCUACCAACAAUUAUAAUUGUUACGAAUAUAACAUAGUAAUUCGAUACAUAUGGGCAUGAAUUAUCGUAUUAAUUACAAAUAUGUCGUCAUUUUUCUGCUUUCUUGUACUAAUUUCUGAUUGCUUGUGGUUAUUACAAGUGUGUUUCUUUUUGAUAAACGGAUCCAGUAUCUUAGAUAUGCUAUCAUCUAAUAUUAGUAUUCAGCUGGUUUCGAGAGUCCCUCGAUAUUCCCUGCUGUCAGAUAACGCUUAAGGAUGAGGUCAUGGACACAAGAACUGAUGACGUCAAUGAAUCAUUUGGUUGCAAGGAAUACUGUAUUAUACUCCAGAUAACAUGCUCUAUCGCUUUAAAUUUAGUAAGACGUUUUCUGUAUGGACGCUAUGUAUUCGAUGCUUCUUAAUUCCAGGUGCUCUUACUGUAACACGACAAAAUAGUAUUUCAUUUGUAUUAUUAAUUAUGUCCGAAAAUUGGAUUCAAAUUUUGUAUUCCUAUAUUGUGAGACAAAAAUAUUUAAAUCUUCUUUUAUGUUUUUUUAAACUAUAUAUAAUAUAUAUAUAUAUAUAUGUAUAUAUACAUAUAUAUAUAUAUGUGUGUGUAUAAAUUGAAUAUAUAUGUAUACAUUUAUAUUUAUAUAUUUAUUUAUAUAUUUAUUUAUAUAUACCUAUACCGGUAUUCAUUUCCAUACAGGGUUGUGUGAUUAUACAAAGGGUUUAUAUUUUAUGGCGGAUUAAUUUAUAUACUUGACUUGAUAGUUGAGUCUUGAAAUUUCCAAACAGGAGGUGUCUCUCGGUGUAAACACGUUCUAUCAACUCCUAACUUAGGUGUUGUGUAGGCCUCACUUAACGGUUUCCUCCAGUUGGCAUCGACUCUCAGCUUGCGUGCAGGCCUAUGCUUCAAUAUAUCCAGAUUUGUAUUAAUUUAAUAAUGACAACGCUUUAGAUGAUAUAGAACUAGCACAAUAUCACGAUUACUCCAUUUCCACGGAACUUCGUGACUCUGAUUCAGGUCAAAGUUCAAAGUGUUCUUGGUGCUACCGUUCACGUAACUUUAUUGCAAUGCUGAAGUUGUUGAAUUCUUUCUGUAAGUGUGUGUGUGUUUGUUUGUUAUAAAGCGCCACUUCGAGUUUUGUACACGAGAACAAAAGUUAUAAUAAAUCUUCGCCACAGGCGAACAAAAUGA